ACUCGAAACGGGAAAAAAAGAGACUUCGAGAAUCGCGAGAUUGUCAAUCCUGAGAGAAAUUCUUUAGUACCGCAUACUUAAAAAUUACAAAUAAAUAGCGAUGGUGCAUGCCUCAUUAUGAGCGAUAAUGCAUGUUUAUUUUACAGGCAUACUCGCUAAAUCCUGUCCAAAUUCUGAAAGCUGGAGCUGAGGAGGAGAGAGCUGAGAUAGCUCGCAUGUCAUCAUUCGUCGGCGCCAUAGCAAUAGGCGAUUUGGUAAAGAGCACGCUUGGACCCAAAGGAAUGGAUAAGAUUUUACAAACUGGUGAUAAGCGUGAAACUAUCCAAGUAACAAAUGAUGGAGCCACAAUUUUAAGAUCACUCGGAAUUGACAAUCCAGCUGCUAAAGUUCUUGUGGAUAUAUCCAGAGUACAGGAUGAUGAAGUCGGAGAUGGUACGACCUCUGUAGUUGUUCUUUGCUGUGAAUUGUUAAAGGAAGCCGAACAAUUGAUUAGUCAAAAAAUGCAUCCGCAAACCAUCAUUGCUGGUUGGCGCAAGGCUACUGAGGCUGCUCGUUCAGCAUUAAAAAACUCAGCGCAAGAUAAUGGAAGUGAUGCCGAUAAAUUUAAAAAGGAUCUCGUCAAUAUUGCUAGGACAACUCUUAGCUCCAAGAUUUUGCAUCAGCACAAGGAACACUUCGCCAAUUUAUCGGUCGAUGCCGUUUUAAGGUUGAAGGGAAAUAUAGAUUUGAAUGCUAUACAAAUUAUUAAGAAACUCGGCUCAGGUUUGGGUGAAUCUUAUCUAGAAGAAGGCUUUUUAUUGGAUAAAAAGAUCGGAGUUAAUCAACCAAAACGUGUCGAAAAGUGUAAGAUUUUGGUAGCCAAUACACCUAUGGAUACUGAUAAAAUUAAAGUAUUCGGAAGUAGAGUAAGAGUAGAUGGUGUAGCUAAGGUUGCCGAAUUAGAAUUGGCUGAGAAAGAAAAAAUGAAGGAAAAAGUUGAAAAAAUCAUAGCCCAUGGAUGCAAUGUCUUCAUUAAUAGGCAAUUAAUUUAUAAUUACCCUGAACAAUUAUUUGCGGAUAAAGGCGUCAUGGCUAUUGAACACGCUGACUUUGAGGGAGUAGAAAGAUUGGCAUUAGUUACUGGUGCUGAAAUUACAUCUACUUUCGAUACACCAGACAAAGUAAAAUUAGGUGAAUGCGAUCUUAUUGAGGAAGUGAUGAUUGGUGAAGAUAAAUUACUUAAAUUCUCCGGAGUUAAAUUGGGCGAAGCCUGUACUAUUGUAUUACGAGGAGCCACCGAACAAAUUCUUGAUGAAGCUGACCGUUCUCUACACGAUGCUUUGUGCGUAUUGUCCCAGACAGUUAAAGAAACUCGUACUGUUUUCGGAGGCGGAUGCAGCGAAAUGCUGAUGGCUAAUGCCGUCAGCGAAUUGGCUACGCGAACACCUGGAAAGGAGGCAUUGGCUAUGGCCGCUUUUGCAAAAGCUCUUCGUCAACUUCCCACCAUUAUCGCCGACAACGCAGGUUACGAUUCAACAGAGUUGAUUCCCCGUCUCCAAGCAGCACACACCGAAGGUCGAAAAACAGCUGGUUUAGACAUGGAAGCCGGUGAUCUGGGUGACAUGGUCAAACUUGGAAUCACUGAAAGCUUUCAAGUAAAAAGGCAGGUUCUCCUCUCUGCAGCUGAGGCAGCUGAAAUGGUACUUCGUGUUGACAACAUUAUAAAAGCAGCUCCUAGACAAAGAAUGCCAGACAGGUGUAUGUAGAGUAUUUUUGGUAUUUUGCUUGUUACAGAUAAUUAUAAUACACGCUUGACCUGGAUUAUUUAAA